AUGUCCAUUAAACAAGAGGAUCUAAGUGGAAUGCCUGUGCAGGAUAAUUCGUCGAUGAAUGAGUACGGUGAGUCUAAUGGAAUGUCAGGGAUGAUGAUUGCUGGUAGUUCAAAAAGUGUUAAUAUCACUAAUGCUGAACAGCUAGCAGAACGUCAUGAUUUAGACGAUAUUAGUAUGAUUAAUGAGCAAGAAGAAAAGUUUAGUAAUGAGCACAACAACGAGGACGUCGGCAAGCACGGUCAAAAAAUACCUGAACAACCUGAUUUGAAAGUUAUACGCAGAAAAGUGAAUAACUACGUUGGUUUUGCAAAUUUACCAAAACAAUGGCAUAGAAAAUCAAUUCAAAAAGGUUUUAAUUUAAAUUUGUUAGUUGUCUCCGAAAAAGGUAUGGGUAAAUCGACUUUAGUUAAUACUUUAUUCAACAAAAAUAUUUAUAAGGAUGAAAACGCAGUUAGAUCAACUUUAUCAACAAGUAAAGUUAAUGAUAACAUUGAAAUUAAAUUAGAAGACAAUGGAGAAAAUAGAGCUGCUGCAUAUCCUGAAGAGAGCGCCGAAUCGAACAAUGAUAUUAAAAUUGAAGUUAUAUCUACUAUCAUUGAAGAAAAUGGUGUCGCUUUGAAAUUGACCGUUGUUGAUACUCCAGGUUAUGGUGAUGCAAUUGAUAACACAAAUUGUUGGGAACCAAUCGUUAAAGAAAUUAACUCCAGAUUCGAUCAAUAUUUAGAUCAAGAAAAUAGAAUCAAUAGAUCUAACAUCGAAGAUAACAGAAUCCAUGCUUGUUUAUACUUGAUCGAACCAACUGCUCAUUUCUUGAAACCAUUGGAUUUGCAGUUUUGUUUAGCUGUACAUGAAAAAUGUAAUUUGAUUCCAAUUAUAGCAAAAUCUGAUAUCUUAACUGACGAAGAAAUUACUUCUUUCAAAGCAAGAAUUUUGAACCAAUUAACUGAAGCUGGUGUCCAAUUAUUUAGACCACCAACAUAUCAAUUCGAUGAUUCUGAAACUAUAAAUUUAACAAAUGAACUAUAUAACAAAAUGCCAUAUGCUGUUGUUGGUUCUACCAAUUUAGUUACAAAUGCCGAAGGUAAACAGGUCAGAGGUCGUGCUUAUCCAUGGGGUGUAAUCGAAGUUGAUAAUGCUCAACAUAAUGACUUUGUUUAUUUGCGUGACUUAUUGAUUAGACAAUGCUUAGAAGAAUUACGUGAAAAAACUGAUAAUGUGCUUUAUGAAAGUUAUAGAUCACAAAAAUUAAUUAAAUUAGGAAUUAAACAAGAUAAUUCUGUAUUUAAGGAAUUCGAUCCUGAAAUGAGACAAAAGGAAGACAAACAAUUACAUGAAGCAAAAUUGGCUAAAUUAGAAGCUGAAAUGAAGUCUGUUUUCCAAAAUAAGGUUUCAGAAAAGGAAAAGAAAUUACAGAAAUCUGAAAAUGAAUUAUUUGCAAGACAUAAGGAAAUGAAAGAGAAAUUAACAAAGCAAUUAAAAGCAUUGGAAGAAAAAAAGCAUAGUCUUGAAAUGUCAAUUUCUCAAGCUUCUCAAUCUCCUGCUCAAAAGAAGAAAGGGUUUCUACGUUGA